GGUGCUGUGGCAUUAGUCACGGGAGGUGCAUCAGGUUUAGGAUUUGGCACUGUACGACACCUAAUUGAACAUGGAGCAAAAGUUGCCAUUAUGGAUUUGCGGCAAUCUAAUGGUGAGGCUCUGGCGAAGGAUAUGGGCCAAAAUUGUUUUUUUGCUGCAGCUGAUGUAAGGUCAUCAGAUGAGGUAUCGAAUGCGUUUCAGUCCUUAACAGAUAAAUUCGGACCACUUGAUGUUGUUGUGAAUUGUGCUGGUGUAUCAUUUCCAUUCAAACUAUAUAAUUUGCAAAAGAAAAAAGCUUGUGAUGCAGAUUUGAUUCGCGAAACAUUUGAUGUAAACGUUUUGGGUACUUUUAACGUUAUUCAGCAGGCUCUCGAAACAUUUGCUUUGAAGAGCAAGGAUAGUUUCGGUUUUCGUGGAGUUAUCAUCAACACUGCUUCCAUAGCAGCUUAUGAUGGACAAGUAGGACAGAGUGCAUAUGCGGCAUCCAAAGGAGCUAUUGUAAGUUCAACACUUGCUUUCGCUCGUGAUUAUGCAGACGAUGGAAUACGUUUCAUGACAAUUGCACCUGGAAUUUUUGACACUCCACUAAUGAGUGGUCUUCCUGAAAAAGUACAGAGAUUUCUUGCGGAUAUGGUCCCGCUCCCAAAUAGAUUGGGUAAUUCCGAAGAAUUUGGUGCCUUAGUGCGUCAUAUCAUUGAGAACCGGUACUUGAAUGGAGAAGUGAUACGUCUUGAUGGUGGUUUGCGAAUGCCUCCUUAA